UGUCCAGAUGCUUCUAUCGUCUAAACCAGAAAUAGGUUCACCGAUUUCAUAUGAAAAAUCUUUAGUAGGAUCUCUUGAAAAGAAAGACCACAUAUUUAAGAUUUAACUAUUUUAUCUUCGUAUAAAUUAAUUCAUUCCUUGAUUCAAAACCAUAUCAUGGCACUGACAGCUACGCAUCAAUAUAUCUUCAACCGCGCUGCUACUUCGCGACGAUUACGUAUUUAAUAUUGAACUUACAUUACUCAAAUUAUUCGAAAACUUUUUGUGUCAAAUAUUCGUUAUUACGUUAAUGUCUAUCACUAAGUAUGAACGAAGUUGGUCCGUCUUUGGUGACGACUUAUACUUUUAAAAAUGGCAAAGAAUACAUCGUAAAAAUUAAAGUUACUACUUUUAAGGGAUGUCAGCGUAAUUUGGAGCUUACUAUUAGUGACAAAUAUACUGCUGAGAAUUGGCGGUCUUUCUACGAUGCUGCAUAUAUUGAAAAUUUGACGCACAAAACAGGAAAUUAUAAGCAUUUUGAUGUAUUUGUAGCUAUGCUGCAAUCUGGAUUGUUAAAAACAAGCGAAUCUAUUACUUUGGAUCUUCUUACAUUUGAAGACUUAGAACUAUUACGCGCACGCAAAUUUGAACGUAGUUCAUGUUCAAAUUUAGGUAAUACAUCAAAUAAUCGUCGAUAUCUUAUAUUAACAUACACAGUAGAAUUUGAUAGAAUCCAUUAUCCAUUACCUCUGGAAUAUUGUGGUUUACCCAAUCCAAUAAUAUUACAAGCUACCAUUAGGAAACUACAAAUUGAACUUGAAAGAUUACAAUCUACAGGAAUAAAUAGAGACCUCCAAAAACGCAUUGAACAACUUACAAUUGCAAAUCAAAAACUUGUACAAGAAAAUCUUAAACUUACAAAUGGAGGAAAAAGUUUAAAACAUUUAUUAGCAUCGAUUAAAUCAUUAGAAAAAAACAUUAUUAAAGAACGUGCAUCUUUCUGUAUGCAAAUUCAAAAACUUAAAACUGAAAAUACAGCUUUGUUAUUGAAAGUACAACAACUUAGUACAUCUGCUAAUAAAAAAUCUGAAGAUGGUUGUUCAGGAUUAAAACGUCGUAAUCGUACAUCUUCUACACUUAGAAGUAGAAGUCGAUCAUCUUCAAUUUCAAGUCGUAAUAAAACAACUUCUAGUUUAUCAUCAGGUAGUUCAUUAGAUUCAAUUAAAAUUCAACGAUCUCCUUGUCGAAAUGUGAAAAUACAUAAUAAAACAAAAAAUUCAAAAGUCGAGUUUGAAAAUUUGGAAGCAAGAAUUCAUACAUUACAGAAAAUGUUGAAAGAAGGAAUAAACCUAAAUUAUUAAAUAAAUUUUUUUAUGAACAA